ACCAUCAACUACCGGUGACACGAGGUGGUUGGUAGUCCGAGGAAAAAAAGAAAAAGAAAAGAAGCGGGCAUACAGAAAUCUCAGUGAUUGUUUUCGCAAGCUUUAAGUAUUUGGACGCCUAUUCAUUCGGCACGUAAACGAGUACAUCUCGUUUGUGAGCUCCGUGGGAUUUGUAUUUGGUUUGGAAAAUAGUCUCAUUCAUUCGGAUUUGGUACGAGCUACAGUUAACUAGCAGCAGGCCCAUUCUUUGCUACAAGCUAGUUAGCUAACAUUAGCCGGCUAACCCUAGCGAACACGUUUUCUUAAAUGUUUCAGUCUUGUAUGUUGGAAGUACUUACGACACAAGGCUAGCUGCUAAUCGUGCGUGCUGGUUAAGAAUCGUCAGUAUUUCUGUUUUUGAUUAGUGGGCUCUCUGAAGAACUUUGCGCCGCGUAAAAGCUACUUGGGUCGUAGAAGUGUUGCUGACUUUGUUGCUAGCUUAGCUAGCCAGCCGCCACCGCCGCCACCAUCAUCAUCAUCUAACAACGCACUCGCAGACAGCGUAAUACUCUGCAAAUCACAAAGAUGUCGGACUUCGACGAAUUUGAAAGGCAGCUCUCUGAAAACAAACAAGCUGAACGGGACAAGGAGAAUCGUCACCACCGCCGUUCCUCCUCCCGCAGCCGUAGCAGAGAAAGGAAAAGGAGGAGUAGAGACAGGGACAGGCGCAGCAGGGACCGCCGUGGAGAUAGUAAGGAUCGCAGACACAGACGCAGCUCACCAUCCAGCUACCCACAGGAUAAUGCUGGAAGUCUCGUUACCUCUCAUAGCCGUUCUCCACACCGUGAAAAGAAAAAGAAGAUAAAGAAGUACUGGGAUGUCCCCCCUCCUGGGUUCGAGCAUAUCACUCCCAUGCAGUACAAAGCCAUGCAAGCUGCAGGCCAGAUCCCAGCCACAGCCCUCUUGCCUACCAUGACGCCAGAUGGGCUGGCUGCUACUCCCACCCCUGUCCCAGUAGUAGGCAGCCAGAUGACCCGACAGGCUCGCAGACUGUAUGUGGGCAACAUCCCGUUUGGUAUCACAGAGGAGUCGAUGAUGGAUUUCUUCAAUGCCCAGAUGCGUUUGGGUGGUCUGACUCAGGCCCCUGGAAACCCUGUCCUUGCAGUGCAAAUCAACCAGGAUAAGAAUUUUGCAUUCCUUGAGUUUCGCUCAGUGGAUGAAACAACCCAGGCCAUGGCUUUUGAUGGCAUCAUUUUCCAAGGCCAGAGUCUUAAGAUUCGCCGUCCUCAUGACUACCAGCCCCUACCUGGCAUGAGCGAGAACCCCAGUGUCUACGUGCCUGGUGCACAGAAUAUUUUUAACUGUGUGGUGUCCACAGUGGUGCCAGACUCAGCCCAUAAGCUCUUCAUUGGUGGCUUGCCUAACUACCUGAAUGAUGACCAGGUUAAAGAGCUGUUGACAUCUUUUGGACCUCUGAAGGCGUUCAACCUAGUGAAGGACAGUGCCACGGGUCUAUCCAAAGGAUAUGCUUUUUGUGAAUAUGUUGAUGUCAACCUUAAUGACCAGGCUAUUGCUGGGUUGAAUGGCAUGCAGCUGGGAGACAAGAAGCUCCUGGUGCAGAGAGCCAGUGUGGGAUCCAAAAACGCCACUCUGACUACUAUAAACCAAACUCCAGUGACGCUGCAGGUUCCAGGUUUGAACAGCUCAGUGACGCAGAUGGGUGGCCUGCCCACUGAGGUGCUGUGUCUGAUGAACAUGGUGGCCCCUGAAGAACUGCUGGAUGAUGAAGAAUACGAGGAGAUUGUGGAGGAUGUGAGAGAAGAGUGCAGCAAAUACGGUCAGGUCAAGAGCAUUGAGAUACCUCGACCUGUGGAUGGCCUGGAAGUACCUGGGACUGGCAAGAUCUUCGUGGAGUUCACAUCAGUUUUUGAUUCCCAGAAAGCCAUGCAAGGGCUGACAGGAAGGAAGUUUGCCAAUAGGGUGGUGGUGACCAAGUACUGCGAUCCAGAUGCUUAUCACCGCCGAGACUUCUGGUAGAAGAGACAUAACAAAAAGAGGGGAGGGAGGGAGGGAGGGAGAUGUGCACUGCCCCUUUGUAAACCAGCCCCCUGAGUCUCAUGGUAGCUCAACCUUUCAGGUAGAAAUGUGGGUGUAUUACACAUCUGAUGAGUU